AUGGGCGACCCAAGUUGUGUACGCGUUGCAGUAAGGGUGAGGCCGCAGUCUGAACGAGAGAAAGUUGAAAACAGUCACAUUUGUACAAAUGUUUUGCAGAAAGAAGCACAGGUGACGAUUGGUGGUGAAAGGAGCUUUACAUUUGAUUAUGCCUUUGAUAUUGGAACUCAUCAACAAAAAGUUUAUGAUGACUGUGUUAAAAAUUUGAUUGAAGGAACUUUUGAAGGUUUCAAUGCGACUGUUCUGGCUUAUGGUCAGACUGGCAGCGGUAAAACUUAUACGAUGGGUACAGCAUUUGAUAUGAUGGAUGUAAUGAACGAAAUCGAUGUGGGUAUUGUCCCACGCGCUAUUAGGCAUCUUUUUUCUGGAAUGGACAGUCGCAAACAACAAGCUUUAGAACAAGGUUUCGUAGAACCUUGUUUUGACAUUGUUGCGCAAUUCGUUGAGCUAUACAACGAAGAUAUAAUUGAUUUAUUAAGUCAUGAACGAUCACCUAUAGGUCUUCGUAUUCAUGAAGACGCUAAGGGAGAAAUUUUUUUAAAUGGCGUAACGCGAGUUACAGUAACAAGUCCCUCGCAGACACUAGAAGUCUUGAAAAAUGGUGCGCUUAAUCGCAAAACUGCGUCAACCAAUAUGAACGAACAGUCGUCGCGUUCACAUGCCAUUUUUACAGUGAUAAUUAAACAACAACGAACAGUCAUUGUCAAACCUUGUUUUGAUCCACAAGCUGUCAUUGAACAAGGAGACGAAGCUUCUGGAUUGGAAGAGCCUCCUGCUACUGAACUGGAACUUCUAAGUGCUAAAUUUCAUUUCGUUGAUUUGGCCGGUUCGGAGCGUUUAAAACGCACUGGUGCUACUGGCGAUCGGAUAAAAGAAGGCAUUAAUAUCAAUUUUGGAUUGUUAGCAUUGGGCAAUGUUAUAUGUGCAUUAACAACACCCACAACAUCAGACAAAGUGAUACAUAUACCAUAUCGAGAUUCAAAGCUAACUCGUCUACUCCAAGAUUCACUUGGUGGAAACAGUCGAACUUUAAUGAUUGCCUGUAUCAGUCCAUCGGAUUGCGAUUACGUAGAAACGUUAAACACCUUGAAAUACGCUAAUCGGGCAAAAGAUAUCAAAAACAAGGUUGUGGCAAAUCAGGAUAAGUCAAGCAAAUUAAUUGGCCGUUUGCGCUCACGCAUAGCCGAAUUAGAGGCUGAAUUAUUGGACUUCAAACAGGGCCGGAUAACAGUUUCGGAUGGUGUCGAGUCCUUCAACGAUCAGUAUAGAGAGAAUGUGUUGUUACAGGCAGAUGUAAAUCAGUUAAGAAUCCGGAUAAAGGCUUUACAAGAAACAGUUGAAAUGUUGAGAGCUCGCAAUGUUCAGCUAUUGGCCGAAAAAGAUGAAGUUUGUACAAGAAUGCGUAAUUUAAAGGCUCAGAAUCAGCAACCAUUCAUUGAAAGCAUUACCAAUGAAACAGGAGAACAAGAAGGCGAUGCAUUUGGCAGUACUGUGCGCGUGUAUCUUGAUGAACUCGAAUCUUUGAGAUGUGCAUUAAUGGAGUCGCACGCAACAAAUGAGCAAUUGCACCAGCAAAUGAAUCGUUGGAAAGCGAUGGCAACAAAUAACAUACCGAGAAUGUCUGUGGACCGUUUAGCGAACUGCGCUGCUAUAAUUAACGAUUCAUCGGGUAAUAAUACGGAAAGUGUCGUAACUUCCACACCAACUUUUUCAUUGAUUCAGGAAGCAAAGGCGGAUAUUAAACGUAUGAAACAGAGUAUAACGGAAAGUUCACCUGAAGAGGAGAAAACAAAUCAAGAUGAAACGAAGAUAAAUACAGAUGGUGUAGUGAAAUCUAGUAUGAUAAUGGAUGACUUUGAUGUAAAUGAUAUGGAGGAGUUGAAGGAUGAAGAUGACGAAGACAUCGAAGUUGAAAAUGAAGCGGAAACUGAAUGUUUUAAACUCAGGGACGAUCUCGCCGACUUGCAAGCAGAAAUAUCCAUCAAAGAACGCUUAGUCAUUGAGCUUGAACAAAGUGAGCGUCGCCUUGCCGAGAAGAAGUUGGCGGAACUAUCAUUGCGAAUAAAUGAAAUGGAAGUGGAGCGCGAUCGAGUAUUGGCUGAAAUGGGUGAGUGA